GAUAGGAGAGGGGAGAGAAAGUGGGGGUGCAGUGCAGUCAAAGGACUCAAAGCUGGCAUUUCUCUCUCUUGUGCAUUGUAUUCCUCUACCCCAUUUCUUCCCCCACUCAAUUCAAACCGAGAAAAGCUUACGAAAUACGCGAGGCGAUAGAUUUGGGAGCAGUACUGGAUCCGUAUAUAUAACCUCCUCUCUCCUCCUGCCUUCUUGCCUUGCUCUUCCAGCCUUCCUACAUCCUCCCACUCCCCCUCUCUUCUGCCGAUUGAUGCGAGGGAGGCAAUGGCGGUGUCCUCGCCUUCUUCUGUUCCGGAGAAGAAGAGGAAGUGGCUGCUCAGCAACAGGAAGGUGAUCGACAAGUAUCUGCGGGAGGCGAGGGCGAUUCUUGCGGCGGCGCCAGAGGCCGGCGGCGGGGACGCGGUGGCUGCGCUCGGCCUGGUGGACGCUGCACUGGAGCUGUCACCGCGGAUGGAGGCUGCCCUGGAGCUGCGGGCGCGCGCGCUCCUCGCGCUGCGGCGGUACCGGGAGGUCGCGGAAAUGCUCCGCGAUUACAUCCCCAGCUGCGGCAAGUCCUGCUCCAGCGACGACACCUCGUCGUCAUCGUCUGCGUCCUUGUUGUCCUCCGGCUCCGGUGACCUCGGCACAAUCUCCCGUGCCAAGCUCCUUUCGCCCGACCGCCAUCGUUCCGACGACACCGAACCUGGCACCGGGGCCGUCCGUUCCUUCCGCUGCUUCGAUAUAUCCGAGCUCAAGCGCCGCGUCCUUGCCGGCCUUUCCAAGAACCCCAACACAGACACCCAAUGGAGGUACUUGGUCCUGGGCAAAGCUUGCUUCCACCUCGGCCUCAUAGAGGACGCCAUGGUGCUGCUCCAGACUGGUCGCCGCCUGGCAUCGGCAGCGUUCCGUCGCGAGAGUGUCUGCUGGUCAGACGAUAGCUUCUCAUCGUCGGCCGCCGCCGCAGCGGUUGCCUCCGUGCCGUUGGGGAAAACAUCCAUCUCCGGUUCGGCGUUCAUAAUACCGGCCAUGGAAUCGGAGGGUGUGUCUCAGCUCCUCGCGCACGUGAAGCUCCUGCUCCGCCGCCGCGCGGCUGCCAUGGCCGCGCUCGACGCGGGCCUCCCGGCCGAGGCUGUUCGCCAUUUCUCUAAGAUACUGGAGGCACGUCGUGGCGUGCUGCCGCACCCCUUCGCCGCCGCGUGUCUCGUAGGCCGUGCCGUUGCGUUCCAGGCCGGUGGCCACCCAGCCGCCGCCAUCGCGGACUGCAACCGUGCACUCGCUCUGGACCCUGCCUACAUCCCGGCGCUCCGUGCCCGUGCCGACCUCCUUCAGUCCGUGGGGGCACUCGCCGAUUGUCUCCGUGACCUUGACCACCUGAAACUUCUUUACGACGCCGCGCUCCGGGAUGGCAAGCUUCCGGGGCCCCGGUGGCGACCGCAGGGUGGGGUGCGCUACCGCGAGAUCGCCGGCGCGCACCGCAAACUGACCGCCCGCAUCCAAGGACUCCGCAGCUGCGUCGCCGCCGGCGAUGCGUGCAACAUCGACUACUACUUGCUGCUGGGCGUGCGGCGCGGAUGCACACGCUCUGAGCUGGAACGCGCGCAGUUGCUGCUCUCCCUCAAACUAAAGCCAGACCGUGCCGUGGUGUUUGGCGAACGGCUGGAGCUUGUGGACGAGCACCGCGACCUUGAGGCGGUGCGUGACCAGGCGCGCAUGUCCGCACUGCUGCUAUACCGGAUGCUGCAGAAGGGGUACUCGUUCAUCUUGUCAGCCGUGUUGGACGAGGAGGCUGCCGAGAGGCAGAGGGCGAAGGAAGCCGCGGCGGCAGCAUUGGCGGCCAAGCAAGAAGCUGCACCGGUGGCGGAGAAAUCCAAGGACACGGAGAACGCUCGUCCAAGAAGCCCACCGGGCCAGACGGUGAAACCAAAGGCCAAGGCGGCGACCGUACCAAUAUCCAAAACGCCGGUGACCACCGUGACGUCGACGGCCCCGGUGUACCAGGGGGUGUUCUGCCGCGACAUGGCUGUGGUGGGAACCCUGCUGUCCCGCGGCGGAUUCGACCGCGCCCUCCCGGUGAAGUGCGAGGCGAUGAGCUGCUGAUGAGUGAUGAGUCCCACCAGCACCAGUGAGGACACAACACAUGUGCGACGUGGCGUGCACCGCGACGGGUGGUACGUGAGAUCCAGCGAGGUGGCGGGAAAAAGGAGAUGGGUUUGAAUUGUCUGGUCCAACGCGCUGUUGUACAGUUGGGGAAUUAGUAUGAGAGGAAAAAACCGAAAAUGAGAAGAAAAAAAGGGUGUGAGAAAAAAAUGCUGGGAUGCAGGAUGAGAGGAGGUUGUGGUCAGUGGAUGGGAAAUUUUGGUGGCAUCUUCUUGAAUGUGAGUUGUUACAAUGCCGUUAGUUCUCC